CGGAAAAUGAGUGGUUAUGAUAAUUUGUCAUUAGACGGUUUACAAGAUGAAUGUCAGGAACGUCAAAUAGAAUUUAGUUCAAAAGACGGUGUGAAAACUCUGUCUUCAAAAUUAAGAACAAAUGAUAAGUUGUCAGAUGUAGUUGAUAAGUCUGGGGAAGUGCAGAAAGAGGGUAAAAACAUCGAAAUGGGGACUGACAGAGAGGUUUUGGAGCAAUCUAAAUUACGUUCUAAAACAAUAAGUGCCCAAAGUGAUAUUUCAACAUUAGCCAUGACUAUGGCGUGA